AUGGGGAUUCCGCGUCUUAUAUCUACCCUGGAGCCCUAUGUUGUUCAUGGAGUUCUCGACAAUGAAAGUGUGGUCAUUGAUGGUCCUGCACUAGCUUAUCAUGUUCUUUACAUUUGCAAUAGGCAUGGAAUUCCUCAGCCGUCGUACAGAGUUCUUGGUGAGACCAUCAUAGCGUGGUUGGACGCGCUCAUCGAACGUGGUGUCAAAGUCGAGGCCAUGUAUUUCGAUGGAUAUCUCCCACCAGACAAAGAACCAGUCCGUAUGCAUAGAAUGGUCAAAAGCCUGGAUCAGUUAAAGAGAACUCAUUCUACUGAAACCAGCGGCUACUUCCCAGCGUAUUUCUCACCCGCUGAUGAUAGUUCCCCAACUCUCUUCUCUACUGCAAGACCCCCAGCGGGAAAACCAACGAUACCACCUAGUUUUCAUGUCCCUGCUAUAAUCGAUGCUUUGAGACUAUCACCACACUAUGCAAGACUUGUGCAUCUUGUCCCAGGGGAGGCUGAUGCAUACUGUGCACAACAUCUCUCACAGUCGGGUGGCACAGUCUUGACCUCCGAUUCGGACCUGAUCGCUCAUGAGUUGGGAAAAGGAAGCGUUGUUUUCCUCCGAGACAUUUAUCUGGAUGAGGAUUCUCAUCUCGCAUGCGCAAAGUUUAAUCCUGCACAUAUAUCUGAGAAACUCAAGCUUGCUUCCUCGGCAGAAAUUUGUCGAUUUGCAUAUGAGCGAAAGUCCUCUCCGCAUUCGACUCUGCCGCAACUCUUACAGGAUUGCAUAAAGCCAGUUGCUGAUGAAAAGGGAUAUACUGAGUUCUGUCGUGAGUAUCUAGACCAUGUCGUUGCUCCCAUACCUAUCUCUGCCCAUGGGACCCCGAUACCGAUUGACAAUCUGGACCCGAGGAUAUCCGAGAUGGUGCUACAACUGGCACAAAAAGACGAUCAGAUGAAAGAAGUCGCCGAGCCUAAGAUCUUCCUUCCAAUCCUCUUGGAAAACACACAGAGAGGAAGUGCCUGGGAGCAGAGCACACCGAUCCGGCAAUUGGCAUACACAAUCGCUCGUUGGCUUAUCCCCGGACCAUCUUCAGCCGUGCAAGAGUAUCGUCGUACUACGGACUCGGGGUGA